UCCACACGUUACACAAGCUGUUUCAUAAAAUUUUAAAGGCAGAAGUUGUGUAAGGUAGAUGCUUUUGUUGCCAAAUAACACAAUAACAGGCGUUCACGUUCAUUCAUUCAUUCAUUCACAUCUCUUCAAACUUCAAUCAGACAGAGCUGUCAGGUUGCAGGGAUGUGGGGUUCAGGUCUGUUGCUCCUCCUUGCUGGUCUGUGGCAUCAGUCCAACACCCAGAACUCCGAGCCCAUGUUUCAGGAUGUAACACAGACGGUGCUUCCUCCUGACAAUCUGCACAAUCCCAUGCAACUCAACUAUGGAAUGGCUGUCACCGACGUGGAUGGGGACGGUGAUCUGGAGGUGGUAGUCGCAGGGUACAAUGGGCCAAACCUCGUGUUGAAGUACGAUCGCACUCAAAAAAGGCUGUUUAACAUUGCUGUUGAUGACAUCAACUCCCCAUACUAUGCCCUGAGGGACUCAGGAGGACAGGCCAUUGGAGUCACUGCUUGUGAUGUGGACGGAGAUGGACGUGAAGAAAUCUACUUCCUCAACACAAAUGACGCCUAUUCCGGACGGGCAACUUAUCUUGACAAGCUCUUCAAGUUCCGAAACGGACGCUUUGAAGACCUUGUGAGUGAUGAACUAAAUGUACGUAGGGGCGUCUCUAAACGCAUGGCAGGACGCUCUGUGGCAUGUGUUGACAGAAAGGGGACUGGCCGUUACUCCAUCUAUGUUGCAAACUACGCUUCACGUGGCGUCGGUGCCCACGCUCUCUUGGAAAUGGACGAGGCCGCCAGUGAUGUGACCAACGGUGUCAUUGCUCUGUCUGAUGUGGCUGCGGAGGCCGGGGUCAACAUGUUGACAGGAGGACGCGGUGUGACUGUGGGACCGAUUCUGAGCCAGUCCAGGUCUGAUGUGUUCUGUGACAACGAGAACGGACCCAACUUCUUGUUCAAGAAUAAAGGAGAUGGGACUUUUACCAACAUGGCCAAACAAGCAGGAGUGGAUGAUGUGACCCAGCAUGGCAGAGGUUUGGCCCUGGCUGACUUCAAUGGCGAUGGAAAGACAGACAUCGUCUACGGCAACUGGAAUGGCCCACACAGACUUUUCCUGCAGGGCAGCAACUCUAAAUUUCGGAACAUAGCCACUAGAGAAUUUGCUACUCCCUCGCCCAUACGCACAGUCAUCGCUGCUGACUUUGACAACGACAAGGAGCUGGAGGUGUUUUUCAACAAUAUAGCCUACAAUGGCCUCUCCCCUAACAGGCUGUUCAGGGUGUCAAGGAGGGCAGAUGCAGACCCUUUGAUUCAGGUGCUUAAUGUGGGCGACGCUGCAGAGCCUCAGGGACGAGGAACAGGUGGCACUGUGACAGACUUGGACGGGGACGGACAGCUGGACCUGCUGCUGGCACAUGGAGAGAGCGCCAGGCAGCCAAUCUCUGUCUUUAAGGUCACGCAGGGCUCAUCCAACAACUGGCUGCGGGUCAUCCCUCGCACCCGGUUUGGCGCUUUCGCCCGAGGAGCCAAGGUCACGGCCUUCACCAGUCAGAGCGGAGCUCACACUCGCAUCAUCGACGGAGGCUCUGGGUAUCUGUGUGAGAUGGAGCCUGUCGCCCACUUUGGUUUAGGAAACGAUCAGGUCACGGUGCUGGAGGUCUCCUGGCCAGAUGGCAGCUCCUUCACUCGAACCCUGCAGCCUGGUGAAAUGAACUCAGUGGUGGAAGUCACCUAUCCCAAAGAAGGGGAAACAGCUGUGCUUGCCAACGACACGCAGUGUGGUAAAGGUUUUACCGUGCAGAGUGGCCAGUGUGCAGGUCUGUGAGGAUAAUCAGAUGGAGUUCCAUACGAACUUUCUGAGCAAAAUGCAAAGCUGUUAAAGAAAACCUGAUUUUAGAAUGCUUUGUUUUAUCUGUACUUUAAGGACAGUCCUUUUUCUCUUUACUCUAUGGGUAGCUUUAAUAUUUUCUUUCUUUUUUUAACUAAAAAUGUCUUUAGUAAACUGCAACAAAUCAGUAUGGUGAUGGUAUGGAUUAUCAUCGAUUGUAACAAAUAAAGUCUUCGGUACUUA